AUGCUGGACGCCGUGCAUGUAAGCUUUGACAAUCGAGAUGCUAGUGGAAGGCACUUGUAUUGCUCACAUAUCGCGUUGUACUCAAUAUGCGCCCUGAGGCGUUACAAUCCCACUCGCUUUGCCGUCCUCUUCCCUUCCCAUCCCCGAACCAUGGACCUUCUUUACAUCCGCCACCUUGUCUUCUUCCUCUCCUCUGACGUGCCUCUUCUCCCUCGUAUCGACCUCCGAUCACAGCAAUUCCGGCCUGGAGUAAUGCCCACGUGGGUCGGCAAAGACAACCCUUGA